UCCACUUUUUCGGAUUUGACAGAUGAUUAUUUGUUUCGUUUCUAAAUUAACAUUUUAUGCAUUUGUGCAGACUCAAGGAACCCUAAAAUGAGUCUUUCGGUGUUAAAGGUACAAUUUGUCACCGUGAAAAACUGUUUUGUAACGCUGACAUCGGGUGUUUUCAAGGAUUUUCAGAGGGAUAUUCGAGUGUUAGAAGUCGAAGCAAAACGCGGGAAGGUUUUUGUAAGCUGGGCAGGGGACACGGUGAGGGAAGAGUCAGGCUCUGAUGGGGUACUGCAGAUAAAUGGGUGGUUUGGCGAUAAACUUGGUCUCAAGGAUGGCGAACAGUUGAUCGUUCGCCCAUGCCAGUCCGCCAUUAAAGAAGCCAUAAGAGUUUGUGUGGAGCCACUGUCUGAAAGUGACUGGGAAAUACUGGAACGCCACACAGAUUAUCUUGAGAGCCAUCUUCUGGAUAUUGUGAGGGUUGUUCAGCCUGGAGGUGUUUACCCAGUGUGGGUUGAGAAAACUGUCUGUAUCUUCAUACGAAUAGCUGACACUACACCCACGAGUGAAUGUGUUAUAUUGGUGAAUGAAACUGAGGUUUUUGUAACUCCAAAACUAAGAAGCUCAGCGAUUGGUCGUCCUGCUUUUGAGGAGCCAAUGAGAAAAGAUGUUACAAAUAAUCUCGGAGUGCCAUUUAUAAAUCCACCAAUGGAUGAUGAUGACACUGACUCAAAAUUUAGUUCAACAGAUUCUACAGAUUGCCUGACUAGGCACAAAACAAGCAUAGGAAGAGAAAAGUCACCCACUAAUCCUUUCCAUCAGAGCAUCAACAGUCAGUGGAAAUCGCUGGUUGAUUUCUUCGGCUUUACGAAUAGAGCCAGUCUAAAUGCUCCUAGUCGGGUCAUCCCUUCUGAUGACGAAAUGGAUGACUUUGAUGAUGAUUACUAUGAAGAUUCCGAAAUGUCCAUACAGCCUGACUUGAACAUGGUUUUACGCGUGCAGAAUAUGAAAUACACUCUCACUGAGUCAGAUCAUGUGAGUAUGGAUUUGUCCCCAUCAAGACGGGGUAGCGAGUCACCGAAAAAAUCCACUGGUGGUUUGCCCCCUCGUAAACAAAGUCGGGAAUCGCAUUCUAAGUCAAGGUCGCCUCCGAAAUCUAGUUUCAGACGGAACUAUGUUCCCCAGCAACCUAGUACAGUGUAUAUGGACAUGACUGAUGUUGAAAGACAGCUGAAGCUGCCACGGGGCGAGAUACCUCAUACGUUCAUGGCCAAGCUUCACAAGUUAAAGUCCCCAAAAGAGGUUACACAUGAAAAACUGAGCUCUAGCUCUGGAAGCAUGAAAAGUCAGCCAGGUGUUGGGAAACCCGAAAAUGGGGCAAAGGAUAGCAAAGCUACAACCCAUGCAAAUACACCAAUGUCACCCGCAGAUGACCUUGACUUUGAUGGAGAUAACCAGCGAACAUGCGUGGUGGUCAGAGUGAUUGUGAUUGACCGGCGACGACAGCUGUGCUCGGACAGUUUCUCGGACAUUAUUAAGCGAGUUUUACAGGAGCAGCCAUUGUUGAAGGGCCAUGUAGUAAUCCCUGACAUGCUGCGGAGAUUUUUGAAGCUCGACAUUACGUCCCGAGUGUGGAUUCAGACUUUCAAAGCAUUCCCUGUUCACACUACUGUAUUUUCACUGUAUCCCCUUGGUAAUGUGCCAAAGAGUAUAACUGGUGACAAACUGGCCAUGGCUUUUCGUGAAUGGUUAGACCAAAUUUCCAACGAAGAUUUCCCCCUCAUCGUCACCCAAGGGCUGUUUAUACGCUUCUUUGUACUGCAUGAUGUUCACGUAGAAUGCCAGCUUACUUAUAAUGAGAUGGAACCCAGGGGUAAUUACACCGAGCUACACCCCACAAAACUGCGGAACUGUACCCUGACUGUAGUGUCCGGGAGUAAGGCAAGCAACCUGACCCCGCCUGUCAUCCAGCCCAUGUUGGCAUACACAAGUCUACACAGCCUCGAUCCAUUCAUACCACCCACUAAUAUCACCUCCCUCGGUGGUAUGGAAGACCAGAUUGAGACAGCCUUGGUGAACAUUGAGAUCUGUCUAGGUGCGCGCCGACUGUACCGAGACAUCUUUCUUUCAACACCGGGACUGCUGAAUGGAAUGCUGCUAUUGACUGGCUCAAAGGGAAGUGGGAAGACAACUCUAGCUAACGCUCUGUGUAAAAAAGUGACGGAGUUACCCAACCUGGCCUUCACUUGUGCACUCGACUGCAAACCCUUGAGAGGGAAGAAAGUUGACACUAUUCAGAAGAUGUUUGAGUUAAUGUUUGACGAGGCUGUGUGGAGACAGCCCUCCAUAAUCUUCCUUGACGAUCUUGAUCACAUCGCGGGCGCACCAGCUGGGCCGGAGACGGAAAUGUCUGGAGAGGCUCUCUACUCAGCACGCGUUGCUGAAGUGGUUAAGGACCUGCUUAGAAAAGACAUCAGGAACCUGAGUAACAUCGCAGUGAUUGCCACUUGCAAGUCUCGAUCCUCCCUCCACCCAGUGCUUGUGUCUUCCCGUGGUACGCACCUCGUACAGGAGGUUCUCAAUAUAGCCCCACCGAAUAAGGACCAAAGGAGAGCUAUCCUGAAAACCAUUCUGAAAACAAAGAAAGGCCUGCCCGAGGAAUGUGUAGAGAAACUAGACCUUGACCAGCUCUCAUGUCGAACGGAGGGAUAUGUGGCCCGUGACCUGGAGAACAUCAUCAACCGGGCUGUACAUGCACACCUGCUUGCUCAUAGUGAAGCACCUCAAGAUAACAUGGAGAUAGAUCAGGGAGACUUUGAGGCUGCAUUGACUGGUUUCACGCCUGCUUCAAUACGUAACGUACCGCUGCACGAGGCAGGCGGGCUGGGAUGGGAAGACAUAGGUGGCCUGACUGACGUCAAAACAACCCUCGUAGAAACCUUACUCUGGCCUGCUAAGUAUCCUCAACUGUUUGCCAAUUGCCCUCUACGUUUGCGUUCUGGCUUGCUCUUGUAUGGUGCCCCUGGAACUGGGAAGACCUUGCUUGCGGGCGUGGUUGCCAAGGAGUGCGGGCUCAAUUUUAUCAGCAUAAAAGGCCCAGAGCUGCUCAGUAAAUAUAUUGGCGCCAGUGAACAGGCUGUCAGGGAUACUUUUGUCAGAGCCCAGAGUGCAAAGCCCUGCAUUCUAUUCUUCGACGAGUUUGACUCCAUAGCACCAAGACGAGGCCAUGACAACACAGGGGUAACAGACCGCGUGGUUAACCAGCUGCUAACACAGCUGGAUGGUGUUGAAGGUCUUAAUGGUGUGUAUGUGCUGGCAGCAACCAGUCGCCCGGACCUUAUUGACCCUGCACUGCUACGCCCAGGCCGUCUAGAUAAGUGUCUACACUGUCAGAUGCCAAACCAGAAGGAGAGGCUGAAAAUUCUCGAAGCGUUGGCAAGAAAGAUCUCCCUCGCUCCUGAUGUUGAUCUAAACUUCUUCGCUGAACAUUGUAAAGACUUCACAGGAGCAGAUUUUAAGGCUCUUCUGUACAAUGGCCAGCUGGAAGCGAUACAUGAGUUUACCAGCGCUGUAGAGGGAGGUGCAGAGACAGACAUCGCACGUUACGGCAUGAAGCCAACGAGGGGUCCCACCUCCAGACUCAAGUCAUCCAAACUGAGGCUGAAUGUUGAAACUAAGAGGGCUCGCCAUCGGUCCUUCUCCAGUGGCACAGUGGCGUAUAUCCCCAGUCUGGAAGAGGGUGUGGUCCAAGUGACAGCUGAUAUGGAGGAGAAACUUAAUCUGCAGGUGUCCCAGAUUCGCAUGAGGGAGCGAAGGACAUCUGAGCACUUCCUGUUAGACAGUGAUAGCAAACCGGAGUCUCCUUUCCAAGUGAAACAACAAUUGCAGGUGAGGCAGGACCAUCUAAUGACGGGCGUGGGAAAAAUGCGUCCUUCUGUGUCUGGAGAGGAACGAGUAAAAUAUCAGCGCAUAUAUGAGAACUUCCUGUCAUCAAGAGGGAAGCACUUUGAUGGAGGUCAUUUCGAACCAGGCAACAUGAAGGCGACGUUAGCGUAAAAAUGUUCUGUGAUAUCUUUCAUAAUGUUUUAAAAAAUGGUGCACAGGGUGCUUACGGUCUGUAUUUCCACAACAUUUGGGAUUUUGAAGUUAUUGUGAAUUAACCCCCACUUUACAUUGAUAAUAAACAGUUAUUAAUAUACUUUGCUUUUUCAUCUCAAAAUAUACAAACUAUGUACAAACUUAUGCAUCUUGUGUAAAUUUGAGCAUUUGUAAGAAGUUUAAGACCUAACAGAGCAGACAUGUGCCAUAUUUUACAUAGUAACGAGGCUUGUGGACUAACUUGGCCACUAAAUGUACGCGAAUUUGCUCAUUAGUCUUGGACUGCUUUACGUGAAAGGUUUAAACAUUUUAUGUCGGACCUGUUAAAAAAUAAUUAUGAUCCUUUCUUAGCUUUUAUUUUUGUAUUGCAAUUUUAUUGUGAAAACCCAAUCAGGUUUAGUCAUUACUAAGUGAGUACAUUGUACUUUACAUUGUUAAAUGAUAAGGUGUAUUUAUAAAAUUGCUUAAACUUUAUAAGGAGCAAUAUUAUCACCUGAGUGAAAGAAAGACAUAUUUAUCAGCCUUAUAUGACCAUUUUGGAUUUUGUUUAUAAUUAUUGUCUUUUUGAGUUAAUUGAAAAAUGACCUUUGUUGUUGUCUCAUGAUAAAUUUGAUUUUGAAUUACAAUACGUUUAUUUCGGCUUUAAAUUUACAAAGUUUAUAGCAGUGAAAAAUAACAUAUGAAAAGUGGUGAACAGAACUAAACAAAUGGAUGUUAUGUAUAAAAAACAUAUGCAUGAGAUGUUAUUACAUACAUGACUAUAUAUAAUUCCAAUAUAACAGUACAAAAAGUCAGUUGAAGGUAAAUUUCAGGUUAAUAUUUAACUUCAUAUAUUAAGUUGUUGGUAAAAUUUCGUUUCUUAAUUUCAUUGCAAAUAAUAUGAAUUUUGCAACAUUCAUUUGAUUUUUUUUUUAUUUACAUGUACUAUUUGAAAGUAUGAAAUAUUUGGUCAUUUGAAAGAGUUGAGAUACUAUGAUUACCAUACAUGCCAUAUUUUCUGGAGACCAUUCAGGGGGAUUUGUUCAAAAGUCUGAAAAUUCAGGGGGAUUUUGGUAGUAUUCAGGGGGAUUUUUUAGCAGAUCUAAUUCAGCAAAAUUUCAAAGUAUUUUAAGACGCAAGUACGAAAAAAAAACAAAUUGCCAUAAUUUUGAAAGGCUCCUGAGGGGAUUAUGUCCAGAAUUUAAGGGGAUUUUGGUCACAUACCAUUUUUCAUUUCAAUUCCCAAAUAGUCAGAUUUGUUUGCUUCUGAUAAAAAGCAAAUGCAUAGUUUAUUGUUUAAGUUCAUAAACAUAUGUAUAAAAACAUCACUACCAUAAUAAAUAAAUAAAAGUCAUUUCAUCCGAAUUGUCUACUUUCAGUUUCUCUUCUGGAAGUUCUGUUAUUUUCCGAUAUUUGCGAUGAAGGUCAAUGUCAUGUAUGUAAACAUAUUAGUGAGGCAUAACAAAGAACAGCAUUGUCUAUAAGUUAUUUUAAUCCUUUUCUUUAAUGAAUAAUUUACUGUCACAUUUUAAUUAUCAAUCCUUUUGAUGACAAUGACACAUGUUAUGAAGAACGCUUUAAUUUGUUACAUCCUCUCUGAUUGGAUAAAAAUUAUAGUUUUAACCAAUGAAAAUCGUCCUUUUAUCUGACCAGUCUAAUUGACAUUUCUUAUGCAAAUUCUGUCAGUCAAAACAAUACAUGAAAUGUGCCCUGCUGAUUUAUUAAGUGUCACCCAAUAGGUGUUGUUAAAACACACCAUCAGUUGAUAAUCCAAUUAAGCUUCAAGACAGGAAGGGCAUUAUAACUGUAAACAGGCAUAUAUAAUUAAACCCUGUGAUAAAUUUGCGUAAUUUUAAACACUUUAAUUCCGGGGGAUUUUCAUCCCCCUCCGGGAGACCGGGGGAUGGGUCGAAAUUCCAGGGGAUUUUAUCCCCCUCCGGGGGAUAUGGCAUGUAUGUGAUUACUGUUGCUUAAAUAUUGUUUUUGUGAUUCUUAAUGUUGAAAAAUUGCACUGUGAUAUAUACCCUAAAGAAGGAAUAAAUAAAUAAAUGCAG